UUCACACAACCUUCACCAGCUGAUUCAAGCUGUUCAUCGACGCUUGCGCCGCCACUUACAUCGCCGAUUGGUAAUCCAGCGAUAGGCAAUCGUCUUAACCCACUUGCUCAGCCUGGAUUUGGAUACCCGCGAGGGCCUCUUCAGUACGAUUUGAACCCGCAGUACAUGGGAGGAGCGAGGAAGUCCGGUGGACGACGACCCAAGGAAUUCGAAAUGGGACCGAUUCGCUCUGUGAGAGGCAGCGGACGAUAUUACUGUAGCAAUGGAAAGCAUUUGAUGAAAGUUUACGGCAGCGUAAUCAUUUUCCUUUUUCAGGAGAUCGAGGAUCAAGACGAACUGGAUAAGAGGAUCAAGAGGCGCCAGAGAAAUAAGGAGGCUGCAGCACGAUGCCGUCAACGACGUCUCGACCUGAUGACUAACCUCCAAGAGCAAGUGGACAAGUUCAAAGCGGAAAACGAGAAGAAAGAAAUGGAAAUUCGCGCCAUGAAGUCGCAGAUGGAACAAAUGCACAGCUUUUUGCGUUCGCACGAUUGUAAAAUGAGCGUGGAGGAACGAGAGGCGUUGCCGCUUCUCAACAUGCAAUCCAUCAGAUCCAUGCCGCCGAUUAUGAAUGGAAUCAGUGAGUGA